CUUGGUCUAGGUAUGAUCUUGAUCUAGCCCUUAGAUGGUAGAUAGGCGAUUUAAAGUAAUAAAUUGCCUAUAAAUUACAAAAUUGUGUUAAUUUCGAUUAAGUCGAAAAUGACCAAUUUUUAUUAUAAUCAGUAUUGUGUCUAGAUUUUAUUUUAAACCUAGUUGAUACAUAAUAAGUGAAAAUGGGUUCUAAAAUCAUGAUUGGGUUUUUGGGGUUGUCAACAGUGGUUGUGACUUUCCUGGCAACUCGUCUGUACAGAGACCUGCUUAUAAGCUAUGAGCAGAGCUCCCCUGCUCAUGAAUAUUCUUGGUUCUUUCAUCUGUUACUAAACAUGGCUGGGUACUCCACAAUCCUGCUGCCAGGUUUCGUCAUCUACAAAUACAUACAGAAAACCAACUACUUCGAUAAACUGAGCUCACCAGGAUGUUUGUCACGCAGCCUGUUCGCCAUAUUUGGUGACCCCGGCGAGCGCCUGCCCACUACUGACGCGCCUAAAAUAGAAGACAGUCCGCGCCGCGAGGCAGCCGAGCUGGCGCUCUGCUUCAGCGGGCUCAUGACGGCUUAUCUCGUGUGGGGGCUGCUGCAAGAAAAGAUCAUGACACAGACCUACACGAUGCCCGACGGGUCCACAGUGAAAUUCAACGACUCCCAGCUGCUAGUGUUCAUCAACCGGCUCCUCGCAUUCUGUAUCGCAGUGGGCCGUCUGCUCUGGACUAGGACUCCCCUGUUCCCAGUGCCGUUGUACCAGUUCUCGUACUGUUCGCUCAGCAACAUAGUCAGCGCGUGGUGCCAGUAUGAAGCGCUCAAAUAUGUCAGCUUUCCUAUGCAGGUGCUAUCUAAAUCGUGUAAAGUGAUCCCGGUGAUGCUGAUGGGCAAGGCCGUGUCGGGCAACAAGUACGAGCUGUACGAGUACGUGACGGCCGCCAUGAUCUCCGUGGGCAUGGUGCUGUUCAUGCUUGCCAGCAAGGAUGAUUAUGCAGCUGGCACAUUCUCCCUCGCGUCAGGCGUAACCCUCCUCGCACUAUACAUGUGCUGCGACAGCUUCACGUCGUCGUGGCAGGCGCGGCUGUUUGCGCGCACGCGCGCCGCGCCGCUGCACAUGGUGGGCGGCGUCAACCUGUUCUCCGCGCUGCUUACCGCCGCCGCGCUGCUGCAGCAGCCGCCCGCCACCGCCGCGAACCCGCGCUGGUCGUUACUACAGCACCCGCAGUUCGCGACCGACGUGGUCCUGCUGUCGGUGAGCUCGGCGCUGGGGCAGCUGCUCAUCUACCGCACCAUCGCGCGCUUCGGCGCCGUCGUCUUCACCAUCAUCAUGACACUGCGGCAGGCGGUAUCCAUCCUCCUGUCGUGCCUCGUGUACGGGCACCGGCUGUCGUUCGCGGGCGUGCUCGGCGUGUGCGCGGUGUUCACGGCGAUAUUCCUGCGCGUGUACUGCCGCCAGCGCCUGCGCCGUCGCCGCGCCGGCACCUAGCGCCGCGCCGACGCCGACGGGACAAUGCGCGGGACCGGGACCGUGCGCGUGCGCGUGCGGCGGGAGAGUCAAGUCUAGGUUGUAGGAUAGGCUUGUUGCCUGACUUGCAGGGGGCAAUCUGUUCCUUCCUAGCUAGCAUAUUUUAUCAUUUGGCGUUCUGUUGGUCGCCCCGUAGCUGCCCGAAACAGACCGCGAAGUUCAGCUUGCGUCGCCCCAAGCUCUUUUGGCCAUAGGGUAAAUAUGCCCCCGUACUCGUAUCUAGUACACGGUUAACCCUUAGCAACGGUUAAUGAACCAAAGGCUAUAAAUUUUAAGGCUGGUUUAAUAUUAUUUACUACUAUUUUCAAGUAAAGAGUCUCUGAUCCGAGAAAAUUUAAAUCCCUCCUAAAUUGUAGGAAGGUCCAAUAUGGGACCGGCAAGAAAAUUGGCGGGACAUAUGGUGGUAGAGAAAUGCCAUUCUCCUACAGAACAUUAAAGUUUGGAUGUUCAUUAUACACGAUUUGUUCAACGCAUGAACGCAUGCGUAUGCAUCAACGGAAUACAGGAAAAAUGCCAAUGCGUUUACUGCUUAAAACAAUGUAGUGUCAUUAGAUUAUCCAAAGCAAAAUGGGUAUGCGGCAAAUGCAUUGCUUUUAACGCUGCCUUUAUAGCAUAAAACAACCCCGCGCUUUAGUCCAGUAAAAUAACAAAUACAUAAAUUACAUAAUAUUUCAUUUGUAGGUACAUAUUUUGUUUUAGUGCAAUGCCCCUGUGAAAUUGUUGUACAUUAUUAUUAUAACCAAAUAUAUUUAUUUGUGAUGGGUUUAUACAAUAUUGUAUAUUAGAUCAGAACUAUUAUGUUUUUAAGAGAAUUUCAUAAACUAAUAAUUCUUAUUACUGUUUCUACAAAUUCCAUAAACUGUCUCAAAGAAAUUUAUGAUUUGUGCUAUUGUCCGUGCGUGGUAGAGUUUUCAUAUCAGUUUAUUGUUACUUAGAGUAGCAAACUAUAGUCUGACAAAAAAUAAUAGAUAUUAAAAAGUGGCAAUACUGUAGUGUCGUCCCUUUCAAAUCAAUCUAUAUAAGAAAACGGAACGACACUACAGUAUUGCCACUUUUUAGUUUCUACUCUUUUUUUGUCACACUAUAUUUGACAUUAGUUUUUAUGAAAUGACAAUACUUAAUUAUAUUUGUGUAAAUAUUUAUUAGCUGUCAUAAUUGUACACCAUUUACAUGAAAACUGAAUAAGUAUCAUGUUGGAUUGACGAUAGUAUUAAAUGAAAUGUUUACAAUGAUGUAAAUUUAAUGUUCGGCUAAGUCAGGUCUGCAGCGACAAAUUGGCAAGAUUCCUAUGGAAACGUAACCUUUAAUAAAUGGUAGCACUGCCACACUUUGUCGUGGCCAAGUCGCUGCAGUCUUAACUUUAACUGGCUCUAUAAUGUGUUUUUGCACAAAAAAUGUUAAGGUAAUCAAAGAAAUAAAUUUUCACUAAAUUGUG